AUGGGUGAACAAGAUACGAAUGGAAAAGCAGGCGCGCGCACUGUAAAUACGAGCGAACGACUGGAUGCCCUUAGGCUUCUCAUGAAAGAGAAUCAAGUGGACGCGUAUGUGGUGGUGUCUGAGGAUCAACACUCUAGCGAAUACCUAGCGGAUUGCGAUGCGAGGAGGGCAUUCAUCAGUGGUUUCGAUGGGUCUGCAGGAUGUGCGAUCAUAUCUGCUUCGGGAGCCUUCCUUUUUACCGAUGGUCGUUAUUUCUUACAAGCGGAACAACAGCUUGAUAGUAAUUGGACCUUGAUGAAACAGGGCCUUCCUGGCGUACCAACAUGGCAAGAGUUUCUAGCAAAGAAACUUCCUGACGGCACCAAGAUCGGAAUUGACCCAACGUUGAUUUCCGUUUCGGAUGCGACGUCUCUCAAGAAAACUCUGACCCCACGAAAUUCUUCCCUAGUUCCAAUCUGCUCCAAUCUUGUCGACAAAGUGUGGAAUUCACGUCCAGCUAGACCUGCCAAUCCAAUUCAUCCCCUUCCGCUGGAAUAUGCGGGUGCAUCGGCAGCCGAGAAACUGGGCAUGCUUCGAGCAAAGUUAGCUCGAGCUGGUGCCACAGGAGUGGUCGUAUCUCUUUUGGACGAGGUGGCUUGGUUAGUUGGGAUGAGGGGGUCCGAUAUUGAUUACAACCCUGUUUUCUUUGCGUAUGCCGUAGUUACGCCUAACACCGCCACUCUUUUCGUCAACUCCUCUCAGCUGACCCCUGAAGCGCAAGACAACCUGAAGGAGGCGGGGUGGGAAAUGGAGCAAUAUGAAUCUAUUAUGAAACGGCUAGAAGAACUGGGUUCCAAGGUCACCGAAAUAAAAGAGGAAGUGAAAGUGACCGAAGAAGAAGAUGUCGAAGAUACGCAACCGAAAGGUGAAGCACAAGGAAAAGUCCUGAUCGACUCCAAAGCGAGCCUGGCAGUAGCACACGCGCUAGGCGACAAUCGUUAUCAAAUAGUACGCUCUGCUGUUGCCGACGCCAAGUCUAUCAAGAAUACCGUCGAGCUUAAAGGGUUCCGAAAUUCCCACGUUAGGGAUGGAGUAGCAUUGGCUCGGUAUUUCGCUCACCUUGAGGAACACUUGUCGGGCGCCGAGGAGCCCAAGUGGAGCGAAUAUCAGGGCGCACAGGUUUUGGAGCGUUACAGGAGCGAACUUGAUUUAUUCAAAGGGCUCUCCUUCACUACCAUUAGUAGUACGGGACCCAAUGGAGCAAUUAUCCACUACUCCCCUGCCAAAGAAGGCUCCGCUGAAAUCAAGAAGGAGCAAAUCUAUUUGUGCGAUUCAGGCGCUCAGUUUUUAGACGGAACUACCGAUGUUACUAGAACUUGGCACUUCGGGACACCGACGGCACAAGAGAAGCGCGCAUUUACUCGCGUUUUGCAAGGCCAUAUUUCCAUUGACACGGCGGUCUUUCCAACUGGGACAACGGGAUACUUGCUUGAUGCUUUCGCCAGGCGUGCACUCUGGGCAGAUGGACUAGACUAUAGGCAUGGAACCGGACAUGGUGUCGGUCAUUACUUGUGUGUUCACGAAGGCCCUCAAGGUAUCGGCACACGUAUUGCCUAUAAUGAUACCAAGCUAAAAGAAGGCAUGGUACUUUCCAAUGAGCCGGGCUACUACGAAGAUGGGAAGUUCGGUAUCCGCAUCGAAAGUAUUGUCCUCGUGCGCAAGGUCUCGACCCCAAAUGACUUUGGAUCUCGCGGAUAUCUUGGCUUCGAGCACGUUACCAUGUGCCCAAUCCAAACCAAACUUGUAGACAAGACAUUGUUGACGGCUGGAGAGAUACAAUGGUUGAACGAUUAUCAUGCUGAGGUACUCAAGAAAGUUGGCCCCGAGCUAGCUAAGGUUGGAGACUCGAGAGCCCAGGCAUGGCUACAGAGGGAAUGCGCCAAAAUAUGA